AUGGUGGUGGUUGACUGGUGGUGGCAGAACGGCGAGGGAGGCAGAGAAAGGCGCGAGAGGGCAGAUGAGCAGGGGAGUUUUGUGGGGGGUUUUUCGAUCGGUUUUCGGGAAGGGAGAGGGCGGUUCGCCGGAGUUUUAGAGGCGGAGUGUGGUCGGCGAGAGGAUGAAGGUGGUUGGGGUGGUGGUGCGUGGUGUGCUGUUGGUGCGGCGAGGCGGGAGAAGAGGGAGAAACAGAGGAGUGUGUCGAGAGGAGGGAGAGGGAAGGAGGUGGUGCGUGCGGCAGUUCUGGGGAGCGACGGUUGUUGGGGUGGUUGUAUGGGGUGGGGUGGAGGUGGCAGUAGUGGUGGACGACAACAAUUCCAUUUUGUUUCUCAACCAAAAUCAAUUAACAAAACUGAGAAGCAAUUCCCCCUUGUUCCUCCAAUUGCUCGAACCACCACCAAUAACAACAACCGCCACCAACCACCGUCUGCCACCCCUGUCCACCACCAUUUUCACCACCAUCCAACACCACCUAACCACCAAACACCACCACCUCACCGUAUCCCCUCCCCUGCUCUCUCCUCCUUUCGCGACGCCCCUGCCCCCUCCCCUGUUCCUGCUCCUUUCUCCAACUCGCCGCACCACCCCCAUCGCACUCCACCACCGCCCACCAUCACCAACCCACACACCAAUCUCCGCCGCCCCACAAAUCCCGGUGCUCCGCCCAAAAUCGCCCAAAACUCUCCCUCACAACCCCUCCCCUGCUUCCCCUUCAUUUUCGCACUCCCUCCUCCUCUCGCCUGGACCACCGCCGCACAAACCACCACCACCGUCGCCUUCACCGGCGCAUCAUCUGUUCACUGA